AUGAACAUUAAUCACAAGUUUCAACAAUCGCAACAGCCUGGCUUACCCUCGCAACAAAUUUUGCUCCAACAGUUGCAACAAGGCCAGCCUCAAACCCUGUCCCAAAAUAGCGGCUCCCAAGCAAAUGGAUCUAAAAGCCAAUUUGUGAAUCAAGAUGGACUUUAUCCCGACUCUUCGUUUUACCAACGAGGUGGCCCAUCUGGUGCACCAGGUUUCUAUCCGCAACAAUUCCAACAACAAGGCCAACAGCAGCAGCAACAGCAGCAGCAGCAGCAACAGCAGCAGCAACAACAACAGCAGCAGCAAAAACAGCAACAAACACAACAGUUCGGUCAAUAUCCUGGCCAAAACCCAAUUCUUCAACAGCAGGGACCUUUGAAUACGCAGAAGUUCAUGAACCAGCAGAGUUUGUUGCAACAGAAUCUCUUACAGCAACAACAGCAGCAGCAACAACAACAACAGUCGCAAGUUCUGCAGCUCCUGAAUGUGCAACAAAUGGCUGGUAUGCCUGGGUUCCAAACCGUGAACAAGGUGAAUUCCAUAAAUGUGGACGAUCCGGGAUCUAUGUACUGGCAACACCAGGUUUCAUUGUGUCAGUUGUCUCGCUCCGAAGACAUGCCCCACUUCUAUGCUCGUCAAUAUGCUCAAAACUCGAGGAAGAACAAGAACCCUUACUCAGAAACAAAAAGCGUCACAUUAAUCGAUGCUACGAAAACAAUCGUGGCCGCUUUGGAAGAGCAAGAGAAGCAGCAAAAAGCGUCUCAGACCGCUGCCGCUCCUACCGCGUUGAUGCGCAACAAAAAGGUGGACUUAGAAGAGGAUGAAGAACAGAGAGUCAUGGCCAGAACUCAGGGAAAACAAUUAUGGUGCCACUUGGAUUUAUCUGGCCAGGGCUUGCUCAAUUUGUCCCCAAAGUUAUUUCAAUAUGAUUUUUUGGAAUCAUUAUAUUUGAAUAACAACAAACUCACCAGUGUGCCCUCUGUGAUUAAGAAAUUGCGUGGAUUGCGAGUCCUCGAUUUGUCUCACAAUAGAAUCACUGAAGUUGCUCCGGAAUUGGGCUUAUGCUACAAUUUGCGCUAUCUCUACUUGUUCGACAACAACAUUAAGACUUUACCUAAUGAGUUUCGUAACUUGAUCGAGUUAUUGUUUCUCGGUAUUGAGGGCAAUCCAAUUGAUUUGAAGAUCGCGAACUUGAUAGCAGAGAAAGGCACAAAAGCCUUAAUCAGCUACUUUAGAGAUAGCGAACCCACAUACCCAGAACCCAACCCUAGAGCAUGGCUCUUGCUUAAGGAUGAUGGUGAAAUUAUCGAUCCAACAACAGAUCCGAAUGCUUACGCUAACGAUCGUAUUGGUUCUAAGAACUCAGACACAUUCACUUUGAUGUCGUACAACACUUUGUGUCAACAUUAUGCCACAACGAAGUUAUACAAGUAUACGCCAUCAUGGGCACUUGAGUGGGAAUUCAGAAGAAACUCUUUGAAGGAAGAAAUUCUUCGCUAUAACACAGAUCUUAUUUGCUUACAAGAGGUAGAGACUAGAACUUAUCAUGAGUUCUGGUUGCCGAUUAUGGAAAGUGCUGGUUACAACGGCUUCUUCUUUUGCAAGAGCAGAUCUAAGACUAUGAGCGAGCUGGAAUCCAAAAAGGUGGACGGAUGUGCCACUUUUUUCCGUGCUUCUAAAUUUCAAUUGAUUCAGAAGCAGCACUUGGAGUAUAAUACUGUCUGUAUGGGCUCCGAUAGGUAUAAGAAGACGAAGGAUUUGUUCAACAGAUUCAUGAACAAAGAUAACAUUGCGUUGAUAACAUAUCUUCAGCACAUCGAAACUGGUGAAAAGAUAGUUCUUGUAAAUACUCAUUUGCAUUGGGAUCCCGCAUUUAAUGAUGUCAAAGCGUUGCAAGUGGGUAUUCUUUUGGAAGAAUUGCAAUCCAUGAUGAAGAAGUUUCAGCAUACAAACAGUGUGGAUGACAUUAAAAACUCAUCCUUAAUCAUCUGUGGUGACUUCAACUCCACAAAGUCGAGUGCAGUGUACCAAUUGUUUUCCACUGGAGCAGUCUCUAAACAUGGUGAUUUGGAAGGUAAGGAUUACGGAAGAUUCACAGAUGAAGGAUUUCAUCACAACUUCAAAUUAAAGUCUGCCUACGACAGUAUUGCGUCAGACUUUCCAUUCACUAAUUUCACUCCAACGUUUACAGAAGUGAUCGAUUAUGUCUGGUACUCUACAAACACCUUGCAAGUUAAAGGCUUGUUGGGUAAACCUGAUGAAGAGUAUUAUUCUCAUCAUGUCGGAUUUCCUAACGCACACUUCCCUUCGGAUCACAUUCCUUUGGUUACAAAGUUUCAAAUCCACAAGAAAGGUGUUGCACCAGGAACAAAGAAGGCUGAAUUCAAACCCGAUUUCAAGUCUGGCUCUUCGAGAAAAACUUGA